AUGACGGUGGGCAAGUGCGUUCUUAUACUCAAUGGUGACUAUGGUGAUCAGGCAAGAAUGCCUGGACUGACACCAGAAGAGGUUUUCAGAAUUUUGUAUGCUUUACCAGAAGAUGUAGAAGAUUCAGAUAUCAAUGCUGACUUUGAUGAUGAUUCUGAAUCACCAAAUACUUCUCAGAUUCUCAGAAAUAGUGAUAACGUUAUUGUUUCAAAUGAAGACAACUGUUUCAAUCUGACAAUAGACACUAGUGAAAUUGGGAACAUGUCUCCUUGCCAAGCAAAUAUGAACUUAUAUGCAAGGCAGGAAAGGUGUGUUGUGAAGUCAGGGAAGAAAACAACCAAAGUAUCUUCCAACUGGCAGGACAUUACUGUUCCUGAGCUAAAAGCUUUUUUGGGAAUGCUUAUUUUGAUGGGUGUUCAUCAGUUUCCACAACUCGGAAAUUAUUGGAGCACUGAUCCUAUUCUUGGAGUAACUGCUAUCUCGUCGGUCAUGACAAAGCUUCGAUACAAAAGAAUUGUUGAGAACCUGCAUUGCAAUGACAACAGCACGUGUGUCAAAAAAGGGAAGCCAAGUUAUGACAAGUUACAAAAAAUUCGACCUGUCACCAGAGCAAUAUCAAAUAAGCUUUGUAAAGUCUACAAACCAUCUUCUGUUUUAGCAGUUGACGAAUGUAUGGUGGCCUUCAAAGGACGGUCAACACUCAAACAAUAUGUGCCAAUGAAACCAGUGAAGCGUGGAUAUAAAGUGUGGUGCUUAGCUGAUGCUAGUACUGGGUUCAUCAUAAAUUUCGACAUCUACACUGGAAAAAGAGAUACAAAUGAUACAUCCGAAUUUACUUUGGGUGAAGAAGUUGUGCUUACUCUAACAAAGGCAAUGGAUGGCAGCAAAAGGCUCGUAGCUUUUGACAAUUAUUUUACAACAGUACGAAUAAUAGAAGAGUUACAGUCUCAUGGACUUUAUGGCAUCGGAACUGUUCAUCCAAACAGGAAAGAUUUGCCUGAUAUGCUGAAAACAAAUUCCAAGCUUAGCAGGCAAGAAUUCGAAUUUUCUGUCAGGUCAUGUGUUGCAGCAGUGAAGUGGCAGGAUAGUAAACCUGUUUGUAUAUUAUCAAAUUACCACAAUCCCAAGCACGUUACAACUGUUUUGAGAAGAAACAAAGAUGGAAGCAGAAGUGAAUUAUUCUGCCCGUUGGCUGUGGCAGAGUAUAAUAAAAUAAUGGGAGGAGUGGAUAGAUUUGAUCAGCUGCGUGAACGUGACCCACGUUUUGGCAUCGGGGUCGCUGCGACACGGGACGGACAAGGUGGGCGGACUUGCGCCGUGGCGCGCGCAGCGGCGACGCCGCAGGAGGGGCGCUGCCGGCUGCCGGCUGCAGGCGGCACGCUGUGGCGUGUGACGCGCGGCCGCAGACGCUCAGUGGCCCGCGCAGCCUCCGCCCGCUCCGGAUUCGCGCUCUCCGCUGCCGACCCUCGUUCUGGACGUGGUCCGCGCCAAGCCGCUGGCUCGCCGUAUCGCUGGAGCAAAGGCGUCCGUCACUACCGCUCACCGCAGUGA